ACCACCUUAAUACCGUCGCAAGACACCUUUUCAUCCCAUCUGCGGCAGCGAUGACUUAUUCCUCCUAACACUUUCCUUAGGAUGGGAAUUCACAUGGACGAUAACAUUCAUGCUCCAACGGUGACCUCCGGUCCUACAACGACCGGAGGGUCUAACCGCGACCCGGCUAAGCUCUCCAUGGUCGACCUAAUGCAGGAAAAGGAAAGUAUUGAAGAAGAACUUUCGGCGUUGAGCAGUGUUCUUACCUCUCACGGCGUUAACAUGAACUCGUCGCUGACGACGUUCGACGACUACCCACGAGACGAUAUUGACGUUGCUCAGAUCCGCACAAUACGCGCCAAAAUAAUACGACUUCGCUAUGACCACAAAGAGGUCAUGAAAUACAUAGAGAAGGGUAUUCACGAUCAUUUUUCGAAUCUCCAACGCGUGCAGGGCGAAACAUCUUCUAUCGGUAGUACAAAUAGGUCUAGUGAAGCACAGCCCAAUCUUGUUACCAAUUCUCUGUCGGGUGCAGCGAUGCUUGGACCACCAUUCGCGAGAGUCAAUAGCGUUGCGGUCGCAAGCCCUGCGGAUCGGGCUGGUUUGAAAACAGGAGACAAAAUACGCAACUUUGGGAGCGUCAAUUGGACCAACCAUGAACGUCUCUCUAAGGUGGCAGAUUUAGUUCAACAAAAUGAAGGGCGUACUCUCAUCGUAAAAGUCGCCAGGCAGGAUGGGGAUAAUAUCACAGACUUGGACUUGGAACUUGUGCCACGACGGGACUGGGGUGGCCGUGGUUUAUUGGGCUGUCAUCUUGUUCCUUUGUGAUCUAAAGAGACAAGGCCUUUGUAUCUGAUGAGGAAUGCGGUAUGGUUCUUAUGAGUAGAAUUAUUUAAUGAUAUAAGCAUGAGGAUUGUAACUGUGGGAUUAGUACUUAGGAUGAAUGAGGAUAUCUUAAAAGCUUCUACAAAGUAGUCAUGUGGACCCCAAGAACCGUUUC